CACAGGGUGGUGCCCGAUUACUGAUUUCAGUAAUAAUUUUAUGAAUAUUAAUAUUUAUCAUUGAUAAUUAUUAAUAACUUGCUAAUUGCCAAAGCUGCUCCUAUCAAUGCACAACACCACAACAUUUAUGUAGUGUUUUUAGCCUAUCAGGUGUUCUGAGAGUGAGUCUGUCAAUCAGGGUAAUGUUAACAAGGGGAAAAAAUUUAUUUGUACAACUUUAAGAAGAAAGUUUCUGAAUCUCUACUGAACUAACAUUGACUAACGUCAGCAUCAACGCGAUGCUUGAUCCCACACAGUGGCUACAAUGGAUUAGAUUAAAAAACACCAUCAAUAUUCAAAUACUGUGACCCUAUACUGGUCCUACUGGUUCCACGGCCCAUGGUAGGAAGAGUCAAAAAGUCUACACCGAAACCACCUAUACAUUUAACAUGGGCGUUGGCCUAUUUUAAAACCUGUUGCCCUCUCAGACUUCUCCACUGAUGUCUCCACUUGCUUCAGACCUCUAACACAGGUAAGGAACAUUGGAAUUGGCAUUGAACAUUUGAUAUCUAGGUUUUUGUAAUUAUGUGGUUCAUCUGCAUUUAGAGAGUACAUAAAGGUAGCGCUUUUAUAAGUUACUUUUUAACCCAGAGUGCCUGCAAAUCAAAUGUUCUUUAAUUGCUGUGUCACAACACUGACAAAGCCAGAGCAAAUGGGUUUCAUCGUGUGCUUUUCAUUUCUGGUCAUUGAAUGCAUGAUUUUGCAGUUGUCUAUCAGACUACACACAAACUCAUGCAUUACCUUCAUAAUUUUUACAGUAGAGAUGGGGUUUGCUUUAUUCCUGCUUCAGUUAUCAGUAUUUCAGUUUAAGUACUUUUGUCCAUCCCAAAUGGGAAACAGUCAGGAGCACAGAAUAAAUAACAACAACACAAGUUACAGGAAAACAAGAACAAAAGCUCAUCAAUAUGUCCUUCACAUACAACACAGAACACAACAAAGACUAAAAAACUAUUUCUAAAAUACUAAAAUGAUGUUCAAAUUAAGCAGAUUUAUUGCUCUGGGAACAAAAGAGUUUUUACUCCUAUUGCACUUAGACUGAAUCUGGGGUGGAAACAUUAAAUUGUAAAGCUAUUAUGGCACAGUCAAUUGCGUUCAAUUAAUGCACUAAUGAUUAAUGUACUCUGACAUUUACUGUACUGUUUGUGUUGGCAGUCAAGAGAUUUUUAUAUAAAUGUAGUGCAUUUAUGUUGAUCACAUUUAAGCAUUCAUAACAAUGAGGAUCACGACACAGCAGGGAGGCUGGCGAAGGCCCUCUUGUUUUUGCAGGGAUUAUUAUGAUAUUUCUCUCUGCGCGUUGUUAUGAAACAUUUGACCAUGUGUUAAACUGUGUUGCCAUGGCGACCUAUGGUUCGCCAUCAAAUCCGAAUGUGUGUUUGAGGGACUUGGGAUGCUUAGAAUCUCAUGAAACUUGGCAGAUGGGUUAAGAGGGGCGAAAUCCUCCUGUCGGAAAUGGAUCUUUUUCCCAAUUGUGCCAAAAUGGCUCGCCAGCGCCCCCUAUAACAUUUCAAAAUCAAGUCUCCGCCCUUUAAAUUUUAUGUAGAUUAACAAAAUUUAGUACGCACAUGUAUCAUGUGACGACCUACAAAAAAGCCUCGGGAGCCAUUAGCUCCGCCCACCUGGAUGUUGGCCAUUUUUAAUUUUGUGUGCAAAAUUGCUGCAUUUCGGGACAGCUAAUCACUCCUCUACUUGAAGCAACGAGCAUGGAUUAACUGGUUCUCCUGAACCUUCUUCCAGCAGCUCACUAUAUAUUUUUGAUCAAAGACUUUUCUGAUUUGUCUCUCCUCAGUCCCCAGAAGACAGUUAAAUAGAGAAGAUGGCCUCAGAGAUCAACGUAGGGCAAAUGCGUGUCCUGGUGACUGGUGCAAGUGGGUUGAUAGGCAAAGCCAUUGAGCAUGUGGUGUACCAUGAAGGUGGGAAACGUGAUGGAGAAGAAUGGAUAUUCAUCUCCUCUAAGGAUGGAGAUCUCACGGAUUUAGGGCAGACCAAGGCUGUGUUUGAGAAGUUUCGUCCCACGCACGUCAUCCACCUUGCUGCCAAAGUGGGAGGACUGUUCAUACACUUGAAGGAGAACCUGCGUUUUUUGAGGGAAAACAUAUUGAUCAAUGACAAUGUUCUGCAAACAGCCCAUGAGACGGGUGUCACCAAGGUCGUGUCUUGCCUGUCAAGUUGUAUCUUCCCUGACAAAACCACAUACCCCAUUGACGAGACUAUGAUACACGAUGGGCCACCUCAUGAAUCCAACUUUGGAUACUCACAUGCUAAAAGGAUCAUUGACAUUCAGAACAGGGCAUACUUUCAGCAACAUGGGCGUUGCUACACAUCUGUCAUCCCGACCAACGUUUUUGGCCCCUUUGACAACUUCACUGCAGAAAAUGGCCAUGUGCUGUCAGCUGUCAUUGGCAAGACAUACAAAGCCAAACAAGAAGGAACUCAGGUGAACGUGUGUGGCACUGGAAAUCCGCGACGACAGUUCACGUAUUCUCUGGACUUGGGCCGUAUAAUCAUUUGGGCCCUGAGAGAAUACAAGGAGGUUGAGCCUAUUAUCGCGUCUGUGGGGGUGGAUGAGGAGAUCACCAUAAAAGAGGCAGUGCACAUGAUAGCAGAGUCUUUGGACUUCAAAGGCAAAAUACAUUAUGACACCACCAUGUCUGACGGCCAGAUGAGGAAGACGGCCAGCAAUGGCAAGCUGAAAUGCUACCUUCCUGACUUCACCUUCACACCCGUCAAUGAAGCUGUGAAGAUGACCUGCGACUGGUUCGUGGCCAACUAUGAUAUUGCCAAUAAAUGAAGUGACCGAACACUGAGCAGAAAGUUCACCACCGUAUCUUGUUUAUUUUAAUAUUAUUUCUGAGAUUUAAAGUUCUUUUCAUUCUCUGUAAUGUUGAUUUAGUCACAUAAUCAAUGGUGUAUAUAGUCUUUAAUAACUAAAGACUCUUCAGCUUUUAAUCUGUAAACGGUUUAAUCAUUUGUAAAUAUUUAUUGAGUGUCUGAGUAAUGAAGACCAGAAUCUAAUCACUAAAUUAUACUAGAAUAAAAAUAAUAAUAAUGAUAGAAAAUAAGUCCAGUAAACCUUCAUAGCAAAUGAAAAGAGGACAUGCUUUGUAAUUCUUUAAACACCUUAAUGAUGCAGGAGAUGUAUUUUCUUCUUUUUAGUUUCAUAUUUGAACAUCAGUUAUUGGGAUCUCAAAUUUUUUAAUUUUUAAAUUUUCUAUAUGAAGAAUCUUUGACCAAUGCUUUUUAUGAAUGAACAUUGGGGGUGGGUGAUAUGGCCUUAACUAUGAAUCUUUAUUUUAAUUUUAUAGUGCCUGUAUUAUAUACUAAAUCAUAUACCAAAAAUAAAAGGCACACACCACUCAAAAUGCCUUUUUUGUAUUUUGUUGUCAGCUUUUUUUUCCCACCAAAAAUAAUGAUCAUGCUAAUACUGAAUAUUGACUAUCAAUGAUUAUAUGAAUAAACAACUAUGUCCUGUA